CUGUGCUUCCAAACCUGGCCAGCCGGUGGCGCCACUCACUGAUCUCUGUCGGCUGAAAAGCCGCACGUUCCCUUUUUUUUCUGCGGCACCAAAACGGAAGCACUUCAUUGGUCCGCGAGGCCAAGAUCAAGACCAGCGCCGACAGAAGAAGCGAGAUGGCUCACAGGCUGCUGCUACGAAGACUCUGGACACUGUCUGUGAACGAUAUCCGCUGCCUCCCCAGGUCCACUGCCUCCGUCGCUUCCUCUUGUUAUUCCACAUCCCUUCAGUCCACUACAACCCGGGUGUCCUUUCUCUCCCCGUCACGAAGUCUGCCUCGCGCCCUGCCUCACACCUCCCGCCGAGAAGUCUCCUUCAAUGUGCAGGACAGCGAGGACUUUACAGAGAGGGUCAUCAACAGCGAACUGCCCGUGCUAGUGGACUUUCAUGCACAGUGGUGUGGCCCCUGUAAGAUACUCGGACCAAGGUUGGAGAAAGCUGUUGCAAAACAGAAAGGCCGCGUUGCCAUGGCAAAAGUUGACAUAGAUGACCACACAGACUUGGCCAUUGAAUAUGGGGUCUCUGCUGUUCCCACGGUCAUCGCCAUGCGGGGAGGUGACGUCGUCGAUCACUUUGUGGGGAUCAAAGAUGACGAUGAGCUGGACUCAUUUGUCAGCAAAGUCAUUGGACAAUGAAAUCCACCUGUCCUCACCCAGCCAUACCCCCACCAUCGUCGUUCUCAUGCUGUUCUCUCUGAUUCUGGCACGGGCGGCGAGCCCUGGGCUGCCAUUUUGAGCCUGUUUAGCAAUCACUAUUAAGUAAACAAAACCUAA